AUGUUUUUGAAUUACGAUCGAAAUAACGAAGAACAGACACAUAAACUUGUUGAUUUCAUCGAAAAUCAUGUUUAUACCGGUUUACGCGAAUUAUCAACAAACAUUUUUCUUCGACCACAAAAAGUCAAAGAUUACGUUCAUUUAUACUCAUUAUUAUCACGAAACAUUAAGAUUAUUUCAUGUCACAACUUUGUCUGCACACCAAUUUUUUCACAUUAUUUAAUCAAAGAAGGAAUUUGUUCGGAAUUCGAAGCGAAACAGUUAUCUGCAAGAUUGCCAAAUCAAUCAGAUAUGUUUUAUUUACAUUCAUUUUCUGAAUUCAUUAAUUCUUCUAACUGCCAACUUCCAAAUUCUCAUGAAAUUGAGUUCAUUGAAUCAUUUAUUGAAGAUGACUUAAACAAAUUGGUCGAACUCACAUCAGCCACAAACUUCGACUAUUCUCAUAAAAUAUUCCAAGACGGUAAGAGUGUUUCACUGAUCAACUUAUCUGCAAUGUAUGGUGCAAUUAAAUGUUUCAAGUAUCUUUUAGUUCAUAAUCCAGAUUUACAAGAUAUUUGUAAUUAUGCUGUUGUUGGUGGUAACACAGAAAUCAUCCGUAUUCUUAAACAAGCAGGUGUUAAUUUCAAUGAUACAUCAAUUGUUUCAUUAUACUUCCGUCGUGAUGAAUUAUUUGACUGGCUUCGUUCCGAAACAACCGAAGAUAACAACCAAGAAAAUCAAAACGGAAAUCAAAACCAGAAUCAAAAUCAUAUUGAAUACUCUAUUACAGAAACACUUUCUAUCAAAGCAAUUUAUUCAUUGACAAAGAAAAAUCCACUUCUUUGUAUCAAUGACUGGUUAUCGGUUUUUACAUUAGAUGGUUUAGUUGAACCAGUCCGAGAACUCUCAAAGAACUGCAUGUUUUCAAACUCUCUUUUCUUUUUGAUUCGAGAUGAAGAAUCACUCAACAAUUUACUUUUGAAAGCUCCACAAAAGUACUUCAAUAAAUUAAUUUCUUAUUCAAUAUCAAAAGAAUACUUAUUCCAUCUCCGAUUUCUCAUUCAUCAUCCUAAAUUUGAUUACAUCAAAAUUGAUAAAAACAUAAUAACAGAAAUUAAUAAUAGAUACAAAAAUAUUUAUGAUGAAAUUCAAGCCAUUAUUAGUUCAGUAAUCUCACCAGAGAAAGCAUAUCAGAAUUUCUUGCAUAACCUUCCCAUCAAUGAAAAUAUUGUUUUUGAUCUCAUGAAACAUUGUAUUCAAAUCAAUGAUAUAUUGACAUAUAAUGAAGUUUCAAAGAAAUAUUCAUAUGUCAAUUUCUCACUAGAGCAAUUACUUGAAUUACUUAAAUUUUCACCAUUUACAUGGUCAUUUGCAUCAAAAAAGAUUGUUGAAAAAGAACCAGAUGGAUCAGUUUGUAUUCCAUUAACAAGAUAUUAUUUUAUUUCAGAAGAUAAUGGUAUUAUUCCUGCACAAGUUGCCGAUAUCAUUAUGAAAGAUCCCGAAUUACAAUCACAACUUACAGCAUAUGAUUGUAUCAACUUGUUAUCAAUGAUUCAACUUGAAUACACAGAUAUUUCUCCCUUGAUUUCUCUUUUAACAAAGUUUGGAUUGAUUAGCGAUCCAGAUUAUGUUUCAAGACUUUACCUAAAGAAUGAUAUUCAAGAAAUUGUUUAUCAAUCACCUCAAAUUGAUCAACUCAUUAAAGAAGAUGUUGACAACUCUAUAAGCAUCAUUCCUGUUCAACCGAUGUUUAUCAAAAAAAGUCAAUGGAACUGA